CAUCUGGUCAACCCUGCGGACGCGCACACCACCACUGCUUGUCUACAGCUAGAUGCUACAGGAGGAAGGCCGUCUGUCAUUGUGAUGCUCCAUUGUAUGGGAACGGACAAAUCGGCUGUUUCAGACAUGGAGACGCUGUAGCUCUUCUCCAACUGGACCCAAAUCUGAGAACUUUCAACAACGAUUACUUAAGUAUAGCCACUCCGUGUCGCUACAAGGUGGUCCAUUACUCUAUGGGAACCUCCAAUGGCACCAGAGCUAGCGCCGAAGUAUACGCCAAAAACGGCCUGACUCCCAAGGGAGAAUACUACGUCAAAAAUGUGCUUGUCGUUAUUUCUGUAAUGACUCACAGCAAAGUUGGCAAACACAGCGUUCUUCUUGAAGGCAACGCAACAGACGGCAACUACACUUUUGUGACCACAGAAAUGGAAGAUUCCAUGACCGAGACGUCACUGAAGCAACACCUGGACUUUACGCCAUUCUUUAUAUCUGUGACCGUUGAUGAAGUCGAUAACUUUAUCACUGCUAGGGCAGAAGGUGUUGGUUUAACAGUUAGAUUCAGACCCGCUGCAAUUGGACAAGAUGACCAGAAGAUGCGUCCCGGAGUUACAAUGGUCGUUGACAAAGAAGUCCUUCAUGCUGUUAAGUUUCUAAACGGGACGCUAUCUUCCUCUCCACAUGGGGUCAGAGCUUCGGAACAAGCAAAGCAACUGGGUCUGGAUGUCCAAAUGUAUACUUCCUCCCUAGCAAUACUAAGUACUCCCGCUCUCAUCAUGGACGACCCAACGUGCCAAGAUGCUACCGUAGUGUACAAAAAUAUUUGCACCGCCGCCGACAGAGUACGCCUACUUCCAACGUGUACUUCUCUGUACUCGGACAAAGACUUUGUCAGCUGCAUCAGAGCUAAGUGGAUGGAGAACAGAGAAGUCGCAGGCCACACGUUGUUGUUUCGGUACUGCCUGCAGGCGUUUUGCCUAGGCCUGGUCAAUGUCUGUGAGGUUAUGGUAGAGCGUAUUCGGGGAGCCCAAUGUCCACUGCCUGCGGCUCUCCAGAACUUCCAAUGUUCGCUUGAAAAUCUGCGUGGCAAUUAA